AUGGCCGACAACACCACUUCGGUCAUUCCUGAUGAUCUAAAUACACCAGAAAUUAUUCGUAUUAAAUAUAUUGUUUUGCAAGUUUUACAAAUAUUUUCAUGGCCGAUCUAUUUCUUCGUUUUCUUUCACAUUCUCACGAACAAAACUCAACGAAAAUCAUUGAACAAUCAUGUUAUAGUUGUUUUACUAUUGUCCAAUUGUUUCCAAUUGUUUUUCGACCUAUCAUUAGUUCUUUCUUGGUUACAUCAAGGAAUCAUACGUCCAGCAACGCCAGCAACAUGCUACUUCUGGAAUUUUAUGAACUAUUGGGCAUACUAUGCCAGUUUUAUUAUCAUGCUUUGGGCUUCAUUGGAACUUGGAUGGUGUGGGUUUAUGUGUUAUGAAAAUUAUGCUGCUAGUUGGGUUCUUCUCUACGAAUAUCUCGCGCACGAAAUUAUUCCGAUGUUUCUUGAGGCAUUUCUUAGUAUACUUUUGAUUUUACGUGUUGUUUUCCAACGUCGACGCAUUCGUCAACAAGGAGCUCAAUGGCGGCGAAAUCGGAAAAUGAUUUUACAACUGUUAAGCAUAUCUUUUCUUUCAACUGCAUUCAAUAUACCUGAUGUCAUCAGUCCGUUGUAUUAUUUAAUAUUUGACGUUAAAUUAAUCGCCGAGAAUAUUCAAGAAUUUAUUUUAGCUUAUGUAGGAUAUGGAACUUGUAUUUUUCUUCCCAUCGUAUGUCUUACAACCAUACCACAUAUGAAAGAGAAAUUAUUCAAUAUGGUUGAUUAUCGUCGAUGGUUGGACUUUGAAAGGAAACAACAGCGCAUUGUUCCUACAUCACGACAUCCAUAA